UUUAAGUUGAUGAUAUUUUUAUUUCUUGGAAUAUUUACUCAUUUACUUUUAUUAUAUUCAAUAUUUGAUAUUUAUUAUUCUUCACCAAUUGUGAAAGGAGGAAGAAAUUUUAAAAUAAUUCGAAGCAAUUUAAAUAAUGUUUUAACACCUGCUGACAGAAUUGUUUUCUUUUCUGCAGGUUAA